AUGACGGAUAUAUCACAGAUAGCGAACAAGCUUCCAGGCGUCUUGACUAAUCUGCAACCCCUCGGUCCGGGUAUAAAGGAGAGCCCAGAGUUUCCAGGCAUGCCGGAUCCCUGCGCGGGGCCCAAGCGGAUGACGGGUGUGGAGGACAUCCUCUGUAUGAAACCCCCGACAUUCCUGCCGGAUUACAAGAACCCCUGUUGGCUCGAUGGCAACACGUUCCGCUGCCUUCCAUACUUCCAACUGAUCGGAAUGUGCAAGAGCGCAACUUCCGACUUAUUCAAGCGUCUGCACAUGCACCCGGAUAUCAUUCCGAACAGGGCGGGUAAAUUCGGCAAGUUCAAGAUGGGAAUGACCUUGGAAGAGUUUACAAACCAGUUCUUUAGUUCCAAAUUGCAGACCACAAAUACCAAUGGUAACGGUGAUCCAAUGGACUUUUGGGACCGCUUCCGUGAGAGCAACCUGCCGCAAAACACGCCCGGCGCCGACGAGCUGCUCUGGACGACGCCAUAUGCCGUCCACCACGUCAACCCGAACGUCAAGCUGCUACUCAUGCUACGGGAUCCCGUCGACAGGUUGUAUUCUCACUAUUUCCAUGGUCAAUACGGCAAAACGGCACAAUCCUUCCAUGACCAUGUGGCUCCAAUCUUAACGAGCUUUUACAUCGUGCACCUGUUGGAGUGGCUAAAUGCGUUUCCGCGGGAGCAGAUCUUGAUUUUCCGGAACGAGGAUUACACGGUGGACAUAAAGGGCACCAUGACGGACAUAUUCCGCUUUUUAAACGUCGACGUCCCCAACGACCGCGUUCUCACGCAGAUGGCAAACAUGGCCCCAUUCUACGAGUCAAAGAAGCGGAAGUCGGCCGGGCCCAUGCUACCAGAAACCAAGCGCCUUCUGGUGGAGCUCUAUCGGCCCUACAACGAGCAGCUCGCGGAUUUCCUCGGGGACGAGAGAUUCGCCUGGCGCGACGCCUCUUUUGCCACCGCAUAG